AUGGCGAUGAUGAUGGCUGGCCGUGUGCUGCUGGGGUGUGCCCUCUGCGUGCUGUGGUGCGGUGCCGGCGGUAGGUGUAAGGAGGAGGCGGGAUCUCCUGCCGGUGGUAAAGGUGCGGUGGAGACUACUGGAGCUUCAGCGUCAGGACAAGACAGCUCAGAUCUAAAAAAAGUUUUGCCCAAGGCUAAUCAAUCAACAGAAACACCUGCAGGAAAAUCUUUGGAAGGAAAAGAAGUUAACACUGAUCAACUGGUUGUUGUUCCUGGAGUGGAGGAUGAAGAAGAUGGGAACCCUUCAGAGCAAUUAGAAGAACCUGUGGAAGAUGGUCCAGAUCAAGAAAAAACAAAGCCGAAAUUACAAAAUAAAGAACAGGAAGUAACGCAGCCGUCACAAGCGCAAGUGGAUUUGCCACAGAAAGCGCAGCCACUACUGCAACAGUCACAACCGCUACCCCCAUCAGCGCCGCAGCCACACACUCCUGCUUCAGAAGAGGGUAAAGGUGUUGGCGAGAACAAUACGGGUGGAGAAGGUCAGCCCUCAUUGGGAGCACAAGAUAUUGGAAACGAGGAUCCAAAGGCCCCCAUAAAAGGAAACUCAUUAAAGGAUUCAGGUACAAAAUCAGAAAACAGUGAACAGGUUCAAACGACAGUGCCAAAAACAGUACCGCCGGAGAACAAAACCCAAAAUGAAAUUUUAACUCCGAAAAAAAAGACGAAUGAAAGCGAAAGCACGGAUACAUCCACGAACCUAACCGAACUACCGAAGGAAAAUAAAGAAUAUCCUGCCUUUGUAGAAGUUACGGCGCAGAGUACAUCAACUGGCAGUGAAGAACAAGAAGCUGAGCCAUCUACAAGCGAAGAACCUUCCCCUUUUGAGGAGCAGCACUCCACAGGGACGAAGACAACUGAGAAUGCUCGAACACCGGCUGCCGCCGCGACAGAAAAACUCCAAACUGGAGAUAAUGAAAAGGUUGGCGACAGUGACGGCAGCACCGCUGUCUCCCACACCACCUCCCCUCUUUUGCUUCUUCUUCUUCUUGUUGUUGCGUGUGCGGCUGCUGCUGCGGUGGUGGCCGCAUGA